CACAAGGGAAGGAGUCACUGUGAGGAGUAAGAGCAGCAGCUUUUCCCUUUUGCAUUCGUUUUCUUUCUGCCUGUCUCCCCCUGCCUCUAAUUGCUUCUCAUCCCGGCCGGCGCUGCAAUGUGGCUGUCUCUGCAGUGAAAGUGUUGGCUGGUAGAUUCUCCUUGAGUGAACCCUGACUGUGCGCAGUGAGUGUUUGCCACUCCGAUGCUGUCCGGUCCACACUGACUCAGCUGUGCAGUCAGCCUGCCGGCCUUAGAGGAAACACCGGCUGCAAGAGCAGGAGUGCUGUGUGGGCUGGCAGGCAGGUUCACUACAGCCCAGUCCACUGAAGCAACAUCUACCUGAACUGUUCGGGUCCACUGCUUCCCUGUUGUAAUCCAGGACAUUACAGCGUUCUCAGGGAUUGUCUACUGAUUAAGAGGACAGGAAGUGAUAACAGAUUCUGGAUCCUGCAGCAGGACUUGCUUUGGAGCAGAUCUGGCUGCCAUGGAGGUCCGGUGGAGUGGGGUCGGACCCCUGAGGCUGGGCCCUCCACAUACAGCCCUCACUCUGGUCUUGUCUGCACUGUUUGGUCUGUGGUCUGCUCAGGCACUGGAGAUGUCUGUGGGUAAGGUCCCUUUCCUGGAGGCAGUGAAUGGCAGCACAGUGAUGUUACCAUGUACGUACUCCAGCUGCAUCGGCAUCAGAGACCUCUAUUUCAAAUGGCUGUAUAACAACAACGGCACCCUGCAGAGGGUAUGUGAUUCAACGAUACCAACAGAGGGAGUGGAACCUCAUGUGUCUGUAUAUCGAGAGCGGGUGACAUUUGUGGGGAUGAAUCACAACAACAACAUCUCCAUCAUGCUGUGGAACAUCACUUUCGAGGAUGGCGGCCAGUACAUCUGCUUUGGACGUAACCCUAAAGAGAUGGGAAGGAACCACAGCGCCACCUUCAACCUCAUUGUGGUGGACGAGUUGAGAGUUGUAGACAACACACUGACCAUCAUCAUAGCUUCAGCAGUGGGCGGAGCCAUCGCGUUGUUAAUGGGUUUCAUGCUCCUCAAGAACUUUGCUAUCUUUGUGAUGACCAAACUUGAGGAGAAAAAUAAGGAGUGCCUUGUAACUUCAUCAGGGAUCGACAACACAGAAAAUGGCCUCUCAGGAUCCAAAGCUGACUCAAAGCCAACACCAAAAAAGAAAUGAAAAAAGUGCAUGUAUAUACAAUCAUAUGAGUACUCAGAUUUAUAUACACUUUUUUUUUGCAUAUAUUUGUGUAUGCACAUGUGUAUGCACACAUGCAGCUUCAUUUCUGUCAAGGUGGUAUCUGGAAAAUGUGCCUAACUAUGGUAUAUACACAUGAACAUAAACAGACUCAAGAAUGUGCAAAUCACUUUUUUCAGUGCAAUAAAUUAUUUGAUAUGUAAAUAAUAAUAAUAAUAAUAAUAAUAAUAAUAAUAAUAAUAAUAAUAAUAAUAAUAAUAAUAAAGAUAUCUACCAGAGACACCUGAGUUUGAUUUAGGAAUAAUAAUGUUCAAACGUGAUGAUUUCUAAUAUAUGGCAUCAACAGUGACUCUCAACUUUGCAAGCAACACAACACUGACAUUUGAUGAAGCUGAAUUUUAUUACAUGAUUAAAUAUGACUCUUAAUUUUUGGCAGUUUUAAGCCUUGCAAUUUGAGUUGUUGAACUGAACUGCUGAUUUACAGAUAGAUAUGUGUUCAGUUUAACUGAACUCACUGAGAGGGUCAUCACCUAACAGUUAUCAUUCUUACCAAGUAAAAAUUAUUAUAAGUAGAAUUAAAAUAGUAAAAUUAAAGUUUCAGGUGGGUCAGUCAUUAUUUAUAUCGUUGUUUAUGGAUGAGACAAAUACAAAUUUAACAUUGUUUCAAUGAAAGUCACUUGCGAUUUAAAUCAAAAUGAAAGUAUGUGAUACAAUCUGUUUUGCUUUGACCCACCAUCUCUGGUAGAUUUCUUCAAAGUCAUCAGAUAAAAUCAGAAUUAUCUGAACUUUUGGUUAACUUAAACAUAAGUAAUAGUUUGUGCAUACCAGAUGUGGCAGAAUAGGAAAAGUUGUAUGUUGUGCUACAUAGUUGCGCUCUAUUUUAAGUUCUUUGAAGUCAUGAUAUGUUAAGUAAGGUGUAUGGCUGCUGCCAGAAUACAAAAAAAGAGCUUUUGACUGUUUUUACCUGAAGUCAAAACAGUAACAUUUCUUUCUUUCUGUAAGUGCUUGAAACAGGGACUAAUGCUGAUGUAGCGAAUGCAGCUGGGCUGAACACUAACAUUUGCAGAAGCACUUCAAUAAUAUAUCAGCAAAAUACAAACAAAUUCUGACAUAUGUUGUAUUUACCUUGUGAUCUAUUUCUUCUUUCCACCCAGACUGUAUUAAAGGGUGAUUUAAGAGUACUAACACGAAAGGUUUUUCAUUAAAUGUUGUGUGAUUCAGCCCAGCUCUUCAUGCUCUACCUUCUCUUUGCUUGAUACUAAACACAGGUGCCUGUUAGUGCUUUUAUGCUCCUCUGCCAGUGAGGACACCUACAUAUAGCAAAACAGUUUGUGAAACUCCACAAACA